AUCCCCAUCGAAACUCCAUGGCUGUCAUACCCACAACUUCGUUGUUUUCUUCAAUUCCCUUCGUAAAGCCUUACACGACAUGUCUUCCCUAUAUUCUGAAACACUCUUCAAAAAUGGCUUCGAUGCACGCCGCACUCCAUGGGAGAAAUCUCAAGGCGAUGCUUCUCUACUACAACAGCAGGAAGUGGGUUUCAAUGGUCUCGGCUGUGGCUACUGAUUCGUUGGAGGCCACAGUUUCCACGGAGCAAAACCAGAACGAGAAGAAAGAGAAAGUUGUUCUUCCUACGAACGAGUCGUCACAGAGGCUUCUCAGAAUUCGUCAUACGUGUGCUCAUGUGAUGGCUAUGGCUGUUCAAAAGCUUUUUCCUGAUGCAAAAGUUACAAUUGGCCCUUGGAUUGAAAAUGGGUUUUAUUAUGACUUUGACAUGAAGCCUUUGACUGAUAAAGAUUUGAAGAGAAUCAAGAAAGAGAUGGACCGCAUUAUCAGAAGGAAUUUGCCCCUUGUAAGAGAAGAAGUUUCGAGAGAUGAAGCUCGGAGAAGAAUAAUGGCUUUGAAUGAACCCUACAAGCUAGAGAUUUUGGAUAGCAUUAAGGAAGAACCCAUCACAAUUUAUCAUAUUGGCAAUGAAUGGUGGGACCUAUGUGCUGGACCUCAUGUUGAAACUACUGGAAAUAUUAACAAAAUGGCAGUUGAACUUGAAUCUGUUGCUGGUGCCUAUUGGAGAGGAGAUGAAAAGAAGCCAAUGUUGCAGAGAAUCUAUGGCACUGCAUGGGAAAAUGAAGAGCAAUUGAAAGCAUACAUUCACUUUAAAGAGGAAGCUAAGCGUCGGGAUCAUAGGCGCCUUGGGCAAGAUCUUGAUUUAUUUUCAAUACAGGACGAGGCUGGUGGGGGUUUAGUAUUUUGGCACCCAAAGGGAGCUAUUGUGAGACACAUAAUUGAAGACUUAUGGAAAAGGGUUCAUAUGGAACGUGGUUAUGAUCUGCUGUACACACCUCAUGUGGCUAAAGCAGAUCUUUGGAAAAUCAGUGGCCAUUUAGACUUCUACAAAGAGAAUAUGUAUGAUCAGAUGAAUAUUGAAGAAGAGCUUUAUCAACUUCGACCAAUGAAUUGCCCAUAUCAUAUUUUGGUAUACAAAAGGAGGCUUCAUUCUUAUCGAGAUUUCCCUAUCAGGGUUGCAGAAUUGGGAACUGUUUAUAGAUACGAGUUAUCUGGAAGCCUACAUGGCCUUUUCCGUGUCAGAGGCUUCACCCAAGAUGAUGCACACAUAUUUUGUUUAGAUGACCAGAUUAAGGAUGAAAUCAGAGGUGUAUUAGAUCUUACUGAAGAAAUAUUGCUGCAAUUUGGUUUUGACAAGUACGAAGUAAAUUUAUCUACAAGGCCCGAGAAAUAUGUUGGAGAUGACGAUAUAUGGGAAAAAGCAACUUCUGCUUUGAGAGAUGCUUUGGAUGAUAAAGGGUGGUCCUAUCAAGUUGAUGAAGGGGGAGGUGCAUUUUAUGGGCCAAAGAUUGAUCUCAAAAUUGAGGAUGCUCUUGGUAGGAAGUGGCAAUGUUCAACCAUACAGGUUGACUUUAAUUUACCACAGCGUUUUGACAUCACUUAUGUGGACUCCAACACCGAGAAAAAGCGACCUAUAUUGAUCCAUAGAGCAAUUCUUGGAUCCUUGGAACGAUUCUUUGGCGUUCUGAUAGAGCAUUAUGCUGGUGAUUUUCCAUUAUGGCUUUCUCCGGUGCAAGCACGGGUUUUACCAGUUACUGAUGCCCAAGAAACAGCAGAUUAUCUAGAGCUGAAAAGAUAUAUUUGUAUCUUCACACAGCUUGGAUAUUGCAAUGAUGUGACCGACCAACUUAAAGCAAAUGGAAUUCGAGCUGAAGUCUGCCAUGGAGAGCGCCUGCCAAAGCUCAUAAGAAAUGCAGAGAAGCAGAAGAUUCCAUUGAUGGCAGUUGUGGGUCAAAAGGAAGUGGAAACACACACAGUUACAGUUAGAUCAAGGUUUGCAGGAGAGCUUGGAACCAUGUCUGUUGAUGACUUUAUCAGCAGAAUUAAGUUAGGGACAGAAAGCUCAACAUCUUCAUGAGAUUACUUCAAUUAGAUGAUGAUGGCCAUUCUAUUUGCUCGAGGUAAGAUUGGAACAAUUUGAGACACUUUGAGAGGUAACAAACUUUGUACAUUAGGAAGUUGAAUCCAGAUCCCUUGAAGCUGUUUCCUCGUAAGUUGCGUGUAAGUGUACGAAAUGUAGAUUUAAUCAUGAGUUGGGUUUAAUUAAUUUACAAAAAAAAAAAAAAGGAACAAGUAAAAGGAAACAAGGUUGCGGAAACAGUAUACUCCUCAAAGAAUCGAUUUCGGAGGAUCCUGGUAAUUACUUAACUAAGCCCAUGCAUGAACAUGUGCUCCAGGUGAUAUUUUAAGUAAAUGCAGUUUGAAGCUGUGUAUUGGAACCAAGACAGGUGUAUACUAAGGAGACUAUUAAUGGGAUUUUGUAUAUCUAAGUUGAGCAUUAUUUAAUGUGCUAUGGCUUGAUUGUUAGAUACCGCACAUUGUUUUAUGCCAACUCAAUAAAGAAAAUUGUAAUAUGCCGAA